GUACAUACAUGCAUACAUAUUUAUAUUUAUGUAUUCAGACCAGUUAGGCAGCAGAAAAUAGAAUUUCAAAAUUCAUAAGACGCAGUUAAAAAAAUACCCGACUUUAACUAGGUUUGGUAUGAUAACUACAUAUGUAUGUGUUUUCAAAUUUUAGAACUACUACAGAAUAUAUUAAUCCACCAUAGGGUUUGAUAUACUUAGAGGUAAACUAUUCCAAUUAUUACGAAUGGCCUCCGAAGAAUUGCCAGGUGAUUUGGGAAAAUUAAAAAUUACUCAGGACAUUACAAUAAAGGAUUUGGUAAAUAGAAAUCCCUUUUACAGUUCCAGUACCACUAAAUCAAUCCCGAACACAAACUCAACCUGUAAAAAACUGCAAAUGCAGAGUGCUAAUCUUAAAAUACCAUACCGUUGGAAAGCGCGCAUCAGGAGACAUUCAGAAAGCUUUCUUGAUGAUUGCAAACAAGCGUCAACUCCCGCUUUUGAAAAUAAUAAUACAUUGCGCUGUUCGCAUAGAGUAUACAAGCAUUCUUUGAAAAGAAGCCAUGUUAUGUCUAGCACAAGAAAAUACUUGCUGAGAGAGCCUGUAUUAAAAUAUACCUAUUCUUUAGGUGAUUGCAAACGAAUACAUUUAUCAAAAAAAAAUAUAUCUAAUGACAAUAAUUAUUUAAACCUUUCAAUGCCAACCGUUGACACAAAAUUUAAUGGGACUUGCAGCUUUCGGGAUCUGAUCAAUGAGUGCAACAUUUUGUUAGAACUGAAAAAAUCUAAAAACAGUUGGCAAUCUUCUAGCAGUUUUACAUUGCAGCACAAAAAAGAAAGCAGAGUAUUCCAAAAGGCAUAUUUAUCAAAACAAGCAGGCAUAAGCAAAUCUCCACCAAAAAAACUGCUUGGAGCUACGUGCUCCCAGCAGGCAAGCAUCAGCCAUAGAGCAUCAAUUCAAGACCAGAACAGCGACGAUAUUACUAUUGGUGAAUUAGCCAGUUAUUUCGAUACUAUCGUGCAUAUUCCUAAAAAAAUGUCUUCAAUGGCAGAAAUGAUGUAUAUUUAAUAAUCUUAUACAUAUGUAUGUAUGUACGUAUACCCAUGUAUGUA